CUAUUCUUAUCGAUCAAUUUGUUUACCAAUCUUGCAAUGUUUACAACGUAGGCAUUUGCUUAAUAAUAGUUCAAUAGGGCUGAUUGCAAAAAAGUAUGUGAACCGCGCCCUGCCAUAAUCUGACCACCGCCUCCCCGCCAUGUUGCCCACGUACGAGCGCCUGAACGACCCCAAAAACGUUUUCUUCCGACUGCCCUUUGCAAAAUUGGCUCUCGCUGCCUUGAGCCUGCCCCUUGGUGGAUUCUUCUUCUGCGUGGUAUGGUCGUUGCUUUUCGACUUUGUGCGCUCCACCUACACGCACUGUGACGUGGUCAACUACCUGCCGUCGGUGUCGGCUGCCAUAGGUAACUAUGAGCCACAGAAGACGAUAUGGAGGUUGGCCAUAUUCCUGCACCUGCCCCUGAGGUUGGCGGUGGCCAAAAUGUAUCUGGAGUACUACAAGGAGCACAUCAGGCGUAGCCGACGACUGCUCGGCAUCCUGGCCUGCUUCCUCAACGUAGUGGAAGAUCUUGCCCUGUUCUGCCUGUCAUUCUGGACAUCCGCAGACAGCUAUGAAACGCACCGCAACGCGUUUGUGGUGUUCAUUGCGUGCAGCGAGUGCUACAUGCUGAUCUCGUACCUCCUCAACAGGAAUGCGCGCAAGGUGGUGCUGCUGCCGCACGAGGAGAAGUCGCUGCGCUACAAGCGCAACCUCUUCCUUGUUAAUGUGCUGGCCUUUGGGCUCGCCGGAUACUGCUUUGUCCGGCACAACGCCCGCUGCGAAGCAGGGGUCUACACCUUCUUCGCCCUCUUCGAGUACAUUGUUGUACUCACUAACAUGGGAUUCCAUAUGACCUCCUACUGGGACUUCUAUGCGCUCAACGUUGUCUGCGACGCCAAGCACGGGCUCUACCUAACCCAAUUCUAGAUAGCGAUAGCAUAUAGCCUAGCCCCUGUACCACAUUCACGUCCGACCAGCCACUCUCGAGUAUUCUGUACAUACGCGGUAUUAGCUUAAGCUCAAAGUUUACUUAAUUUUACCAAAGGAAUUUAGUUUCGUACCUCCGAUUUUCGCUCCGAUUUUCGUUCCGAUGCUCUAAACGGCCUAAGAUCAGUCAUGAGAUCAUUGCAUUGCACUAAUAAUUUAUACACAUAUUUUUGUAUUUAGAUGGCUUUAAGGCGGCUGGCUCGACCAGCAUCGGAUGGUUCUAUUAGAGACAUAAGCUUACACAUGUCCGCAUCGGGUGGUUUUAUAUUUUACAUUUAAGCAUAUUCCUCAGAGGUUUUACAUCGAAAUUUAGCUCAAUUCUAUGUCUAUAUGUGUGCAUGUCAAACUUUUUCUAUUGAAUUUCUAUUGGAUUGUGUUGAAACCGAAACAUUUACAAAUAAUUAACCCAGUUGGCUUUGAACUCAAUUGGGUUUGGCACUUC